AUGGUUAAGCCUCGUAUCAAGUUGCGUAGUUUGUGUAUUGGUCAUGUUGCCACACCUCGUGUUCGAGGUUGUUCUUCAUCUUUUGGAUCGAAAUUUGCGAAUAGAACUGAGUUUUCAAGCAAUGGAGUUCAUGAUUCUGGUAGAGAUGACAAAGGAGAUGAAAGUGGGAAUAAAGUGAUGGUGGUUGUGGAUUCUAGCUUUGAAGCUAAAGGGGCUCUUGAUUGGGCACUUUCACAUACUAUUCAAAGUCAAGAUACUGUUGUUCUUGUUCAUGUAGCUAAACCCAUUGGAGAAGAUGGUGAAUCUGAUGUGAAGUUUAAUGUGAAGGCUUAUCAACUUCUCUUAGAUAUGAAGAAAAUUUGUGAAACGAAGAAACCCGGGGUGCAAGUGAAUAUAGUAUUGCUUGAAGGAGAGGACAAGGGUGGUGCCAUAGUGCAAGAGGCAAAGCAACAAAGAAUGUCUUUAUUGGUUGUAGGGCAAAGAAAACGUUCGAUCUUGUGGUGUUUGAUGAGGAAGUGGACAAGAAAGAGAACAAAAGGUGGAGUUGCUGAAUAUUGUAUACAGAACUCACCUUGUAUGACUAUUGCUGUGAGGAGGAAGAAUAAGAAACUUGGGGGGUAUUUGAUUACUACCAAACGCCAUAAAAACUUUUGGCUUUUGGCUUAG